GACAGUAAAUAUUGUAUCAGAACCCUAUGCAAGCAAAUUCAUACUAUGGCUAUCUGUCAAUGCUGGCGUUUGGUCAAUGUAACGGAGCUAUUUUAACUACGAAUUUGAGAUUAUUUCUGAUGUACAUACGUUAUUGAAUAUUUGCGUCGUAUAUUACGAUUUCACCUUGGAUUUUACUUUGUUACUCGUCUGCAUCAACACAGGUCGAGAUUUUUGAGACCGUGAUAAUUGAUCAUAAAGAUGGGCGACAUUAAAUAUUAUGGAAAAAGAAGAAGUAUUGUAAGAAGAAUUGGGUCUUUUUUACCAUUGAAGCCUCCACCAAAAAUAUAUGUCAGUGUGACACCAUUACAUUUGAUGACAAAUUCAAUGGUUAAUGAGGAAACUAGUAGCAAUUAUGUUGAUACAAAUGGAUAUCCUAUAAGGUCAGAUCUGUUGGAGCCAAUUAGUUUUGGAUCGGAAGUACGAUUGCUAGCGUUAGAGCAAGAAUUACAAGAGCUUAGGGAACAAAUUUCAACAAUUGUGAAAAAUAAUAAAUUGUCUAAAUAUGCAUCUGUAGCGUCUUUGCCUAAUGGAGAAGAUAAUCUAAAAUCUUUGGUGCCACCACCACCUCCACCUCCGCCACCACUUCCACUUUCAUUUUUACCACCUACAACACCCCAUAUUGCGAGAAGGGCUAGUUUGCAAGAUCACAAAAUUGAAGAUCGCAAGAAAAUUCUGUUGAGUGUAGAGAGAUCGACAGGUGAUAUGCUGAAGGAUAUCGAUAAUGUAAAAUUAAGACCAGUUGCAAGGUCUCCAGGCGGCCAUCCUAUACGGGUGAAACGUGAAAAUAGUCCAUGUAAUGAUUUACAAGAAAUUUUACGAAGGCGCUACAUUGUAAUGCAAUCUCCCGAUAGUAAGAAUUCAUCAGCUAAUUUAGCUAUGGACAAUUCAUUUUGAAUGGAUUUAAAACAAAUUGUCCAUAAUCAAGUAAGGUCCCACGGCCCGUGACUCGGCAUUGCUCACCAUGAUUUGGAAAGCCUCUACGCGCCGUGGGACCAGGAUGAUUCGUCGUUAUUGUUUGCAGUUCGUGGCUCGUGACAUGUCGAAGA